AUGUCAGUGCCCCUGGGCCAGGAGGAUGCCCCUGGCCAGGAGGAUGCCCCUGGUCAGGAGGAAGCCCCUGGCCAGGAGGAUGCCCCUGGUCAGGAGGAUGCCCCUGGCCAGGAGGAUGCCCCUGGUCAGGAGGAUGCCCCUGGCCAGGAGGAUGCCCCUGGUCAGGAGGAUGCCCCUGGCCAGGAGGAUGCCCCUGGCCAGGAGGAUGCCCCUGGCCAGGAGGAUGUCCCUGGCCAGGAGGAUGCCCCUGGCCAGGGGCUUGAUGCCCCUGGCCAGGAGGAUGCCCCUGGCCAGGAGGAUGCCCCUGGCCAGGAGGAUGCCCCUGGCCAGGAGGAUGCCCCUGGCCAGGGGCUUGAUGCCCCUGGCCAGGAGGAUGCCCCUGGCCAGGAGGAAGCCCCUGGCCAGGAGGAUGCCCCUGGCCAGGAGGACGCCCCUGGCCAGGAGGAUGCCCCUGGCCAGGAGGAUGCCCCUGGCGGGGGCCAGGAUCCCCAGCUCCUGCAGGCCACUGUAGCGCCGGCGGCAUCACCCCAUUUCUGUGACUGCUGCGAGAUGUGUGUUUUGCUGACUUAG